AUAUAUAUACGAGAAGCCUAAAAAGAUGACAGCCUCAUAUUCUUGUUUUCUUCCUUGUUUACCGUUCCUCUACCAUUCCCACAAGCCCUGGUUUCAUCAUUAGGAGAGAACCAACGUUGGUGGUGGUGGUGGAGGGGGGCGGUUCGCGGUUGCGGUGGUAACUAAUGGCCAGAGACCAUAUUAUGGCAGAUGGGAAGAACUCAACACGAAAAGUAAUGGUGGUAGCCGAUCCAACUCGUGAAUCAGCAGCCGCUCUUCAAUACGCGCUCUCCCAUGCAGUCGCGGAAAAAGACACGUUGAUUCUUUUGCAUGUUGGUAACCCUAAUGCAUGGAGAAAUCUCCUUGGUUCUUUCAUCAAGAAGCCAUUGCCAAACUCAGCUACAUCAUCGUCCACGUCCACGACCUCUUUAUCCUCUCAAUCCGAAGAAGGAAGAGGCAUACACAAUAAUCCAUUAGGUGCUUUCUUUAAGAAAUCACUAGCAUCCUCUGCAUCACCACCGUCGUCCACGCCCUCCAACGCGGCGGAAGACGGUGGUGUCAGAGGAUGUGGAGGAAAGGGAUACAUGGAUUUUCUUGGGACAAUGAAACAAGCAUGUGAGGCUGCACAACCUAAAAUAAAGGUUUGUACAGAGACAGUGGAAAUGGAUGGCAAUGCCAAGGAAAAGGCUUCUAUCAUUCUUGCUAAAGCUGCAUCUCUUGGUAUUGAUGUUCUUGUUAUAGGUCAGAGAAGGAGUCUUUCUAACGUAAUACUUCGGCCAAGACGAAGUGUAUCGCUAAGAGGGCUGGGACUGGAUAUGGCAGAAUAUUUGAUUGAGAACAGCAAAUGCACCUGUGUUGCAGUACAGAGGAAAGGCCAAACUGCAGGAUACCUUCUCAACACCAAAACUCAUAGAAAUUUCUGGCUCUUAGCAUAAUCUUAAUUAUACGUGUAUAAAAUAGUUUCUUCAUUUUCCUUUUUCCACUUAUAAAUGGCUCGAACUCCACAUCCUUCUCAAUUUUAUUUGGUUAUCUACAAAGAGUAUUGCUAUGUCAAUUUUGGAGUUGAAAUAGAAAAUAGAUGUCAUUUCA